AUGAAUAAAGGAAAAUCAACAACAAGUACAUCUACAGUUUCAAAAGGUGCAGAAGGUCGUCGACGUAUCAAUAUCCAACAGGUACAAAAUGUCCUUUUAAUCUGGUUAGACAACAACAUUGACAAAACGAACGUUGAUUGUCAAAAUACAAUCACAAAACUACGACGUGCUGUUAACGACAUCAAUACAUAUACAAAUGGUGAUAAAUGUCUUGAAUUCAUUCAAACCAUCGUCGACAAAAAAGUAUGUAUAAUUAUAUCUGGAUCACUUGGACAACAAAUUGUGCGUCGUGUGCACAAUAUGUCCCAAGUUGAUUCGAUAUUUAUCUUUUGUGGCAAUAAAAAAUUACAUGAACAAUGGUCAAAAGACUGA